AUGACGACGACGCCGCUCGCCGUGCCGCCGCAGCAGACGGCCGACCGCUCCAACGUCUACAUCCGCGCAGCCUUCAACUACAUCGACGCUAUCAACGAGGCCGUCUCGCUGCCGCAGCACAAUCCCACGCGCCUCAGAGACUGCAUGAGCGCCCACUCGGUCGUCGAAAUGGCCCCGGCAAGCAUGAUCCCGGACGGAAAGGAGACUGCCCUCGCGACGGCAGAAGACCAGAUCGGCUUCCUCGCCCAGAUGCGCUCGCUCGUCAAGGAGUCCAAUGUCCAGAUCAACGACUACAUCCUCGCGCCAGGCCCGCGCGUCGUGCUCCAGGCAAAGGGCAACGGCACCUCCCACAGCGGACAGGCCUACACAAACGACUACGUCUUCUUCCUCUCGUUUGUCGACGUCGACUCGGCAGCGCGGCACGACCUCACCGACUUCGAGCGCCAGGGCGGCGUCGAGGACCGCGCCGGCCUGCCCAAGGUCACCUUCACCCGCGAGUACGUCGAUUCCGCCUUCCUCAAGGGAUACAUUGAUCAGGAGACCAGGAACCUGCAGGGCAAGUAG